CGUAAAAGAAAAAGAGAAAAACUUGUAGUAGUACAAUGGCAUAGAAAUAGCAUCCAUAAUUCUCAAGUUCACUCUUUCUCCCACAGUCCCGUUUCCAGUACCACUCCUCUGCUACAACAGCAGCAUUCAAGCUGAAGCAGGGCUUUGCUCUUGUUUCUGUUAACAAAACAGAGCCCUGCAUCAGUCAAGAGGACACUCCAACUCGUCCUUUUCUCUUUCUCCCUCCCCACACCUCUCAUUGCCAGUAUCUGUACCUGCUUCGCCUUUUUUCACCGUCUAUCUAACACCAAAACGAACGCAUAACCCCACCCCAUUUCACAUUACCCCAAAACUAAAAACUUUCUUCUUCCACCUUUCUUCUCCAACUCAUUCCCCAUUGAUUCCUCCCAAGCAGAAAAGACCAACAGCAAACGAAAAGAUACAACCCAAAAAAGAAACAAUAACCACAUACUAUACUAUUCCAGCAACCCACCCACAUGGAUCUCCCCUCAUUCCCUUCUUCCACCUCCCCCAUUCUCGUCUUCUCCCUAGCUUUCCUCACCCUUUUCACAGGCGUUCGGGGGACUACAUUCACAUUUGUGAACAAAUGUGAGUACACAGUCUGGCCAGGGGUUUUAGCAAAUGCCGGCAGCCCAAGUCUCGACAGCACCGGGUUCGAGCUCCCAAGUGACGCUUCGCGCUCCUUCAUCGCUCCGACCGGCUGGUCCGGCCGAUUCUGGGGAAGAACGGGCUGCAACUUCGAUGGAUCCGGGUCGGGUUCAUGCGCCACCGGCGACUGCGGGUCUGGCCAGGUGGAAUGCAACGGGGCAGGAGCUGCCCCACCGGCGACGCUGGCUGAGUUCUCCUUGGGGACUGGCGGCCAGGACUUCUAUGACGUCAGCCUCGUGGACGGCUACAAUGUGGCCAUGAUAGUUGAAGGGACGGGCGGGUCGGGAAUGUGCGCUUCGACGGGUUGCGUGACGGAUCUGAACAGGAUCUGCCCGGCUGAGUUGCGGGUGGGGGAUGGAAAUGCUUGUAAAAGCGCCUGUGAGGCCUUUGGGAGUCCAGAGUACUGCUGCAGCGGCGAGUACAACUCACCGUCGUCGUGUAAGCCGUCGGUUUACUCGCAAGUGUUCAAGUCGGCUUGCCCGAGAUCCUACAGCUACGCUUAUGAUGACCCAACUAGUACUUUCACCUGCAGCGGUGCUGAUUAUACGGUCACGUUUUGCCCCUCUAUGCCCAGUCAGAAAUCCUCGAAAGAUCCCACACCAACGACAACGACAUCGACGACAAAUGGUGGCGAUGGGUCAAUGUCAGAAUCAGGUAAUAUGGGGUCACAAACCGGGUCAGGUUCGAUGGUUAUUGACUCUGGCUCGGAGUCGGAUACAGGUUCUCAGGCUAUGCUGGCAGAUGGUUCGUACUUGGCUGGUCUGGCCAUGGGGGCCUCAACCAGGACACUUGCUGCAUCUGUUUUGCACUCCGGGCUAUUAUUUGCCGUCGCUGCACUCAGCCUCUGCUUUCUGCAGUUGUAGGAAGAAAUUAUUAUUGUGUCUUUGCUUUUCUGGGUUUUGGUCUCCCGUGCAUACAUAAUUUUGAUUCAUUGAAAACGGAGGACCAGCAGCAGGGCUUGGUUGGCCGGAAAUGAGAUGGGGUUUUGCACAUUGUUAGUCCUUUUUCUAGGAGUAGUCUCUAUGUAUUUCCCUUUAAAUGUGCAUACGUAAUGUUCUUUUCCUUUGCUAAUUUUAUUAACUUUGUUCCAUUUCUAAAGUUUUGUUGGUAUCAAGUUUGCAAGAGCUGAAGUAUGCUCGUUUGUAGGGUU